AUGUCAAAACAACACGUUGUAAUUGGAGCUAGUUUAUUACUGCUUCUCAUUAUCCAAGUCGUUAGUGCUGCAUCAUCUGUCAGUUUCAGUUUGAAAACUAACAAUCUCUCAUGUAAGAGAGAUGUAACCACAUCCACAACAAGUUCACAAGUUUCCUUGACUUCUGCUGCCACCUGUGAUUUGGGAACUAACAGAACAAGCUUGUCAACCUUCACUCAACUUAAAUUCUAUGCUGCUUUUGGUACUAUCCCAAUGGUUAAAGCUGUUGCCAGUGCUGGAGUUUCCAUCAAGAUUACCUCUCUCUUGUCCACCACUAUUUCUAUUGAUGUUGGAGCUGCAUUCGGUGUGGACAAAGUAAUUGAAUAUUUGGACAAUGAUGGAGUUAGUGGGUAUCAAGAAGGAAAUGGAGAUACAAUUGUCAAGGAAUAUCCUUUGGUUGGUCUUACUUGGUCAACUCCAACUCUUGUGAAAACUUCCAUUUCAUCUUCUUCAUCUGCCUAUAUUUAUCAAGUUACAACAAGUGCAUCUGUUGGAACUUUGUGUACUGUUAAAUUCACUGGCUAUUUAACAACUAAUGAGGUUACAUUCUCUGAUUCAUCAUUGGUUGCUAGAUCAGGAGUUUCACAAGUUUUAGUUCCAUCAUCCUACAAGUCAUCUUUGGAAUUUACUGGAAUUAAUUAUUUGAAUUCAAAUGGUAAAUUGGCAAUUUCCACACUCCUUGCCUAUCGUGGAUCAUUGGCCAAGAAGGCAUCCAGUAGAAGUCUCAGAGAUUUAUUUGCAACCACCUCAGAAGAAAGACCAGAUUCUGCCUCAUCUGAUCAAAUUGUUUUCCAAUUCGAUCAAUCUAGUUUCCUCUCUUCUUGGAAUUUGUCAAGUACUUUCAAUAUUCCAAAGCCAUACUUUUCAUUCCAAUCCUAUGUUUCCAAGUAUAGCACUGGAUCUACUGUUGUUUCCAAAGCCACUUUGGUUUCUACCUCAACUUCAACAGCCACCAUUGCAAAUACUAAUACAUUGGCUUAUGGUGCCAUUACUGCUGAUAUUUCCAGUGCAAAGGUUGUUAGAUUUUAUGUUUCCUUCACUGAACAAGUUUCCAAUUUCAUUUGGGACCCUAGUGUUGGUACUGAGGAUACAUCUGCAUCUUCCACAAGUGAUGCUGUUAGUAUUAAGUUUGGAAGCGUUUUAAUUGUCAUGUUGGCAUUGAUUGGAAUGUUUUUGUAA